AGAAGGAAGAGGAAGAAGAAGAAAUCACAGUAAACACAACGUGAACAAGCCAGCUGACGUUUACAUGAGCAGAGAGUGAUGUGCUUGUCCCAUCUGGCAUAGUGGGACACUAUAGCUGGACUCCCUCCUUGUCCUUUUGGUUGUUCCCCCUGAAGACUUCCUUUCUCGUCCUCCACCUCCUCCUCCUCCCUCCAGCCGCCCCUGUGAUGCCUCCCUUGUGCUGUGGCUACCUGUCACAGUACACUCAUCAUCAUCUGGUUGCCUUCCUCCUCACCUUCUUUAGCUAUGUGUUGCUGCAUGCGUCCAGGAAGACGUUCAGCAACGUGAAAGUCAGCAUCUCGGCCCAGUGGACCCCAUCGGUCCAGAAUGGCAGCGCGCCGGCUUUCUCCCCCGGCGAGACAUGGGAGGACAAUCAUCUGUUUGCAGAUGAAAAGCAGGCCACUAUGUUCUUGGGAGCUCUGGACUCCAUCUUCCUCUUCUCCUAUGCAAUGGGUCUGUAUUGCAGCGGUGUGAUUGGGGACAGAGUGAACCUGCGCUACGUGCUCUGCUUCGGUCUGUGUGGCUCUGCUACAGUGGAGUUCAUGUUUGGCACUCUCACGGAAUGGCUCCACAUCUACAACGUCUACCUGUACUGUGGCCUGUGGGUGGUGAACGGCCUUCUGCAGUCAGCCGUCUUGCCCUGCGUCGUGGCCGUCAUGGGCAACUGGUUCGGCAAGACGGGCCGUGGCUUCGUGUUUGGCCUCUGGAGUGCUUGUGCCUCUGUAGGCAACAUCCUGGGUGCCUUCCUGGCUUCUAGCGUGCUCAAGUAUGGAUAUGAGUAUGCCUUCCUGGUGACAUCAGUGGCCCAGUUUGCUGGCGGGGUGGUGGUGUUCUUUGGCCUGCUUACCUCUCCAAAAGAAGUCGGUUUGAGCUCGGACUCAGAGACCAGUCUGAGUGCGGUGGAGACGGACUCAGACAGCCACCGGCCUUUGAUAAGUGAGGAGAAGGAUGAGGAGGAGGCGCAUGGCAGACGAUGCCAGUCGGUUCAGCAGCAGGACGAGCCCGUGGCCGAGACUCCUCGAGCCGUCGGCUUCUGCCGCGCUUUCUGUCUGCCCGGCGUGCUCCCUUAUUCCCUGGCGUAUGCAUGUCUGAAGCUGGUCAACUACUCCUUCUUCUUCUGGCUUCCUUUCUACCUGAGCAACAACUACGGCUGGAAGGAAGCCGAGGCUGACCGCCUGUCUGUGUGGUACGAUGUUGGCGGAAUUAUCGGAGGGACAGUUCAGGGUUUGAUCUCUGACUUCAUGGGAAAGAGAGCCCCGGUGUUGGCCGUUAGCCUUUUGCUGGCGAUGGGAGCCCUGGUGGGAUACAGCAACUCACCUAAUGACCAGGUGAUUAACGGCGCGCUGUUAGCCGCCACUGGCUUCUGUAUCGGCGGCCCAUCUAAUAUGAUCAGCUCCGCCAUAUCGGCUGACCUUGGGAGACAGGAGGCUCUGAGGGGCAGCCAGGAGGCCUUGGCUACUGUCACUGGUAUCGUGGAUGGAACUGGAAGUAUAGGAGCUGCUUUUGGACAGUACCUGGUAUCCCUGAUUGAGAGCAAGCUGGGCUGGACGUGUGUCUUUUACUUCUUCAUUGUCAUGACAGGGGGCAGCAUCGUGUUCAUCACGCCGCUGCUCUUCAACGAGGUGCGUGCCAUGUGGAGAGACAGACAAGCGCUGCGACGCCAGCUGUGAAGGCGUCAAACACCUGCCAACCAUACGGUUCCUACUCUUAUCCGUGACGAGACGGGAGGGCUGAACACAAACGGCUGCUUCUGGGUGGGUUUCGGCAGGUGGAAGGAUUCUCUGGAUGCCGCUUCUCACUGCCACGGCGGUUAUGGUGACCUGGAGUCACCGGUGUUUGUCUCUUACCGCCCAUGUGAGCAGGCCGAGAGCCUCUGAGCUCAACGCUGAAGUCUUAUCCCAUCACUGAAAGCCUACACAUUUUAAAUGCACACUUAGGUUACACACUUUUAGUGUGACUUCAAGGAUUUAGAGGUUGUGUUGAAGUGCCUGUUGAAAAAGGCUUUAAAGGGAGCAGUCCAGUCUGUGAAUUCUGGCCUUGUGGGGCCAUCACAGAAUGUACUAGUGUGUAUAUUUAAUGAUUUAACUGGAUGUAAAAAAAACUUUUUUUAUAAUGUAGAUGGUCUUGGAUCAAGUUGAAUGAAGUUUGGCCUUUUUAAAUCAGGGGUGCUUAACUUAUAGAUCCUUUUAUCCUCUGAGAUAAAUUGGGGGUCAGAAUUGCCUAAAGAAUGUGAAUAAUAAUUGCAAUGUAGAAACGUGUUGUCAGCUUUUGUAGAUAUGUAUAUUUCUGUUACUCUCGUGGUCGGGAUAAUGAGCAUUGCACUGUGGUGUCGUAAUUAGGGCAAAGUCUUAAUGAUUUUAGCUGGGACUUUUUGGAAACCUUCUCAUCACAGCCACUUGAUUUCUCUUGUUUACAGUUUUGUGCAAUCAGGGUUAGAAACUAUAUUGUAUAUACGGGGACUAUUACACUUGAUUAUGUCACAGAUUGAUAUGUUAUAUGCUCAUUCCUUUUUCAAGGUUCAGUGUCUCUUAAACCCUCACACAAACACGAUGAGAAGAAUCCAUUGUCUUAUGUCACAUAUAGAGUUCAUAGUGUAGCUUCCCUAUUGCACAUUGAAGAGUAAAAUACAUACUGACAUGUUUUGCCUGUUUGUAGUAGAAGCUGCACAUUUGCACAUUUGUUUGGGGAACUUGACGGCAAAUCUGGUUCUGAAGUUUUUUUUUUAAAUUAUGUUUUUAAAGGCCAAAGGAAGCUAAAAUACUUUUACAAUAUCAAUACCUUAUCAUCGGGGUUGGAACACUAUCCUAUAACACCAGCCAUGUGCUAGCUUUAUAUUUGGGCGGGAUGUCUACUUUGAGACGAUGUGGUCAGUAACCAGGCAACCAUUUGGGGAGGAUUGUCUUGGUUUGAGUAAGAGACUGCGAGUAGGGAUUUCCCAGACACAACGUAUAGUUCGCUCAGUUGCAUGGAGAACAUUUUAAGUGAUUUUAGCAUCUGGCCAUUUUUGUAUCAUCCUCAUCUCUGUAUUGAGUCGUGUUCCUUAUGCUAAACGAAGAGCAAUGGAGCUGAGGUGACAUUCUGAUGUCUCUGAGCUUGUCAAGUGUAGUAGAAUAUGAAUUGAAAUGUGGCAUUUGUAACACUAUUUGUGGUGUACCUGUUUUUUUAUUUUCAUUCAUGUGUACUUUUUCAGGUUUAACAAAUGUAAAUUCAGAUUUUCUUUUUAAAUAAAUGCAAAGUACAUUUUGCA